UGAAGACAAAGUGGUCUGUCUUGUUUUUGUUCUGUUUGAGUUCGUGUCUGUUUGGAGGGUGAGAAACAAGGGAGCAGAGCAGAGCAUGGAUGCGCGUCUGCGGCAAUUGCAGAGGAGGUGGGUUGAUUGCAGGGACGCCCUGUGGAGAGAGGGGAUACUGGAUUCUAUGUUCUUGGAGCUUCAGCAACUGCAAGAUGAGAGCAACCCAGAUUUUCUACUGGAGACUGUGGCUCUUUUCUUCACUAAUUCUGAGAAGCUGCUCCGUGAUCUCUUUAGUGAUUUAGCUCAGCAAAAUGUGGACUUCAAAAGGGUGGAUGCUCAUAUUCACCAAUUGAAGGGCAGCAGUUCCAGCAUAGGAGCAAAGAGAGUUACGAAUGCCUGCAUAGCCUUCCGAGACUUCUGUCGGGCGAGAAACCAUAUUGAGUGCCUGAGAUGCCUGCAACAACUGAAAGAAGAAUUCCUCCUUGUGAAGAACGAGCUCGAAACUCUUUUCGAGCUGGAGAAUCAAAUUGUGGCUGCAGGUGGGUCGAUCCCCAAGGUGCAACGAAGGUUUUGAUGGUAAUAGUGGGCAUGUUUUGAAGAAGAAGAGAAGAAGCAUACAGAAGCUACUAUAAUUGUUGUUCUUAGGCUGAACAUGUGUAAUGUUAGCAACUAUGAAAUUACGUCACUAUGGA